ACCACCAGCUGAGCGGUCGCGUACGGCAAUUAAAUAAUGCCCCUGGGUAUAGAAAAUUCGAAAAACAUCUGGCCCAAAAACCCACCUUUUUUACUGGAUAUUUCAAUUACACCUUGCCUCAAGGCGUAAUUAAUCACUCGUAACAAGGCCCAGGUCACAAGUUGACCCUUCAGAUUUGUAAACAACACCGGGUCAGAGUGCACUGGACGAAAAGAAGCGCGCGACGACGCUGCAUGAUUCUUCGCGUUGUUGCCCAAGCUUUCUUUCCAAGCUGGUCGUCUUCACAUUGCAUGCUGUUGUUUUGAAGUUUUGGUCGCUGUUUCAGAAUAUUUUCGAGUUUUAUACAGAAUGGUUAAUGUACAUUGGAGUGAUGCCGCUACAUAUGCACUAAUAAGCGUAUGGGGUAACUCCAAGAUCCAGAACGGGUUUGACGGCACAAGACGAAACGGGGCAAUUUAUGGCCAAAUAAAGGCAAAAAUGGACGAACUUGGUUUCGUUUAUGAACUUUGCCAAAUUGUGAACAAGUGUAAGAACUUGAAACGGUUGUACUUGGAGGCCAAGGAUGACCAAAACAAAUCCGGCCAUGGUCCGGCUGAAUGGCAAUAUUUCGCCGAGAUGGACGAUAUUUUUGGAGAUCGGCCUGCGACGAAUCCAACAUAUGUUGCCGGGUCGGCCCUGCCAAGAACAAGUACACCAAGCAGCAGCAGGUCAGCUGCAGGAAGGAGGCCUACAACAAGCCAGGCGCUUGAAAGUGAAGGCUCCUCAAACCGGGAUCCACCAAACCAAGCAGCUGUUAACCCAGGCCUAGAUGAUAGUGGAGUACAAGAAGACGCAGAGCCAGAUACAGCAGUGGCAACAAAUCAGAAAAGGAAAUGCUCAACUAAAUCAGGAAGGAAAAAGGCCAAGACCAGUUUAGUUUCAGAGUUGUCAGAAGUGUUUCAGAAAUCUAACCAGGAAUUCCGUGCGCAGUUGUUAGAAGAUCAAAGAAAGGCGGCUGAAGCAAAGAGAGAGUUGGAACGAGAGAGAGAGGAGAGAGAGGAAAGGAUGAUGAUGCGUAUGCAUGAACUAUCAUCUGAACGUCAAAUGAGAAUGAUUCAGGCUUUAGGAAUGAUGCUUCGACCGGCCGCACCACAGACUUUUCCACAACCAACGCAAUACAAUGCUGCGCAACAAUCAUAUGAACAGUCUGAACAUGGCCAAAGACAACAUCAGACUUUGCUUCCUACACGGCAAGAAGGGUAUUGGCCAAGACAACACGCGCAGCAUCACCAACCGCAGCACCACCAACCACAACAACAGGAACAGACAAAAUCAAGUGAAGCACAAGAGGAGAGUCGGCAACUUUUUUCACCUCACCAACCAUGGUAAAGAUGGUUGAAAUGUUUCAACAAA